GAAGGAGUUGUCAAAAAUUUUCACAAAACGAAAAAUUAGUGGAAAGAAGAUUGCGAGAAACUACAGAUUUUUCACAUGAAAGACUAGUUUUAUUAUACAAAAUUGCAUAGCAAAAUUAUAUGGACGAAAAAUUAAAUUAACUUGUAUUAAUCGAAAUAGUGAAAUAAGAAUAGUGAACACAUAAAAGAAUUUAACACGCCCAAUACAGGGAGUAAAGCACUUCAAUUGGGAUCUUUCUCUUUUUUCUUUUGCUUAAAAAGGGAAGAGUCAGAAGAAACAUGAAGAUGGCGGACAGCACGACUAUUCUGCGAAGAAACAGACCUGGAACAAAAGCGAAGGAUUUCUGCCGAUGGGCCGAUGAACCAUUAGAAGAAAUGGACAGCACCCUGGCUGUACAACAAUACAUUCAACAAUUGAUCAAACGUGAUCCGUCAAAUGUUGAAUUAAUUCUGACAAUGCCAGAAGCUCAAGACGAAGGUGUUUGGAAAUAUGAACAUCUUAGACAAUUUUGCAUGGAGUUAAACGGUCUUGCUGUCCGUUUGCAAAAACAAUGUUCGCCUACAACAUGCACACAAAUGACGGCCACCGAUCAGUGGAUAUUCCUGUGUGCUGCACAUAAAACCCCAAAAGAAUGCCCCGCCAUUGAUUAUACACGUCAUACACUAGACGGUGCUGCAUGUCUAUUGAAUAGCAAUAAAUAUUUUCCAAGCAGGGUUUCAAUCAAGGAGUCAUCAGUGACCAAACUAGGGUCGGUAUGCCGCCGUGUUUAUAGAAUAUUUUCUCACGCGUAUUUCCAUCAUCGGAGAAUAUUCGACGAAUUUGAGGCUGAAACGUAUUUGUGUCACCGCUUUACGCAUUUUGUAACAAAAUACAAUCUCAUGUCCAAGGAGAAUCUAAUUGUACCAAUUAAUGAAGAGGAAAACGCAACGCCUGGCGAGAGUGAAGCUUAGAUCUUAUAUACUGUAUUCAAAUCGUGGCAAAUUGUGUGAAAAUGUGAAUGUGGCAUACAAAACAUAACAGAAAAAAAAGCAUCCAUACAAACAGCACAGCAUAGUGUGAAGAGGCAUGAGGAAAUGAAGAAAGCCCAAUAUAGUAAAACACAUAUACAACAACAGCAACAACAAAACAAUAAAAACUAGAAAAAUCAUAAUUAGAAAGCAAAUCAUUAAAAAAAAAAAAUAAAAAAACAUUAUAAUCACAUAAAAAACCACUUAUAAAUUUCAUGAUGGAAAUGAAAAUGAAGAAGAAAAAAAAAACAUUUAUUAAAGAAAAUCAUAAGGAAAAGAAGCAUAACUCAAAUGUAUCUUACUGCAAAAGCAAUUGGUAUAAAAAGCAUAAAGAAUGUAUGCAAAACAAAGUGAAAGGUGAAAGCAUAAUGCGUGUAUGUACAGUCCUAAAUUCAAUUAGGAUAAAUGGAACGCUGCGUUAUAUACAAAAUACAUACAUUCAUAUAUAGUUUAAAGCAAAAGCAAAAACGACGAUUCAAUAAAAUUUCGAAAUAGCGCGCCUGGGAGCGAACUCUUUAAAGCAAAAAAAAAAAAAAUGUUUCAACAUAUAUAUAUAUAUUAUAUUUAAAAUGCAUAUUUAAUUAAAACAAAGAAAACUAGAAAGCAUAAAAGAGUUAUGGUAAAAGAACCUUAAAGUUGCUAUUAAUAGGCAGCUCAAUUAAAAUAGUAUUCUUCUGAUAAAAUUCCUUUGGUUCGGCAUUAAAAAAAAACAGCUGGUAAAAUAAAUACUCAGAAUCACAUAAAAUCCAAAACACACACACACACACCUGCAUAUACAGAUAUACAUACACAUACAUCCAUAUACUUGUAAUAACUCGCUUAUAUCCUUAUCAAAUUUAUAUUGCUUUGUCAGUUAAUCAAAAUUGAAUCAAAUUAUUAUUGACAUUAUUUGGCAAAGGAAAAAUUCCAGAGUAAAAAAAAUCGCUAUGAACUUAAUUUUGCUCAUGUGUGUAUUUAAGUACAAUAUUUAUUAUUAAACAAAAAAAAUGGAAAUCAUUUGUACUUUGUAGAAGGCGAAAACAAAAUGUCGAAUAUUAAAAAUAUAAAACAC